UCAUCUGUGCCAGAAGAGACACACAACCUGUACGUGCGCACACUGAGACAGGAUGGCGUAGGGUGCAAGUGGAGCAGAGAACGAGAAAGGAGAGCGCUUUAACCCGUCCAGAGAGAGACACCAGGCCUUUCCCCGGCACGACGCGCGUUGUAUUAAAAAAUAACUGACGGCGGGGCGACUUGUGUCAAAGGCCGCUCCACUUUCCAGUGUACAUUGACAGAGGCCUCGGGUUACCUCAGGUGCGUCUAAAUUAUUCAGCUGUUGUUGACAUUCGCAGAGCGGGGGCCAUGUAUGAGGUGUUAUCACACCCGGCGGGGCCCACGAGCUGUGUACAUUUCGACGGGUGGACUCAAUCGACGCGGCCGGCGGACGCGAGAGGGACCGGGGUCGGUUGCAUGUCGGAUCACUUCAGAGGAGGGCGGCUGCGUUUCCCUCUCUUCUCGGAUCGUUUGCUAUCUGUGGCGUCAGAAAUAGCGAUAGUGCUCAUUGGGAGCGGCCGGCUUUAACGAGGGGAAUCCGCUUGGCGAAAGCAACAAGCGGUCAGUGGAGAGUCCGGCAGAUCUGUCACAUCUCAGUGGUUAUAAGAACACCGAGCCAGGUACUCGACACACAUAUCCAUCCACACAAAGGAUUAUUCACUCAUUCCGUGCAAAACACACAUUUCCUUUGAGUGAAGUGGUUGCGCUUAUGCAGAUUGUGAACUGGGAAGGAAGUUCCCGCACAGCGGAAAACUCUCAAUACCUGUAAAUCAAUAAUAUGCAUUAGACACUUUGUGGUAAGGACACAAAAAAAUGGGAGUAGAGGUAAUGUUACCUCGCAAACACAAUUUGUUCCACCAUAAGUGGGUUCAUUGUAUGUUUGAUCAUAUUUUAGAUUCAGAUAAUCACAUAAUUCAGAAGUAAUAAUAACUUUGCAGCCACCAUUCCCACAGAUGGUUUGCCUAUUUACAGUCUACCAUAAGUCAUGCAAUAUUUAUAAGAUGCUUCCAGGACAGGACAGUUCCUUCUUUUACUAUCCCAUCCGAUUAGCUCACCAAUUAAUGAACAUUACAUUAAGUUACAUUUAAACUGAGGAAGCCUGAUCAAACCACCCAGAGUCAGAAAUGUGAGAACAUGAUGUGAGCGUCGGCUUCACUUCUGAACCAAAAAGAGAAUCUAAGUUUUCUUCAGUGCAGCAUUAUUAUCAUAAUUGUUACACAGUCUGAGACGUUAGAGGACGGACAGUUGAAUACAAAAGCUUAAGAAGAGAAAGCUCUUCUUACCAAUAUGUGACCUUUAGGAAUCACCGUAUUGGUCCGUAUGCACGUGUUGAUCUCAGCGCACGCUGCGAAGCCGGCGCCGCACUCCUCUAACGGCCACGUGUCCGUGUCAGUGUCUCAGCGCGGUGACGGGAUCCCCAGCUGUGAGAUGGCCUUCUUCAAAAGCUUCCAGCAGAACCUCCCAUCUGUCAACAUCUCCUCCCUCCUGGACUCGGUCACCAGCCGCGUGGACGACCUGGCCAACGCCGUCAGCGACGCCACGUACGCCGUCAGCGACCAGCUGACGGAACAGGUCACCACGAUCAUCGGCAAGGUCCAAGACGAGGACGAUGGGGAAAACGGCAGCCGGGAGCCCGGUCAUAUUCCCCCGGCGCAGGAAGGAGGAAGCUCCUCCAAGGCCAACCCGUCCGGCGACGCCAACGAGGCUGAGAGCAACGCGAGCCAGCUGGAGUGGGAAUGGAGGGACGGAUGCUGGCGCGUGAAAAAGACAGAAGCCGAGAUGGCCGAGGACGAGAGGAGGAGGCAGGAGGAGAGGGAGCUGCAGGAGAAGAAAGAGCAAAGGAGACAAGAGAGGAGAAAAAAGCAGCGAGAGAAGGAAGCCACGGCGCGGAAAAACAGAGAGGGGUCCCGAGACGGAGAGCAAGACCCGGAAGCCGGCGCUUUAGAUGAAAAGGACGACAGCAGUGGACAAGACAGAAAGCUGAGUGUCAGUGGAGACAGCUGCACCGCUCCACCUCCUCCAUCGCCUGCUCCUGAGACUGGAAGCGAGUUAUCGGAGCAGAAGAAGCCGGAGGAGGAUAGAAAAGAAGACGUGGAGGUGGCGGACAGCCUGGAGAGAGAGGGAGAUGACGAGGAAGAGGCCGAGCCUCCUAGAUCCUGCUCCACGAUGAAGAAGAAAAAGUCUGAGAAGAAAAAGAGGAAAGGAGCCAAGGAGAGUCCGAAGAACUCGGAAGAGGCCUCGGAUGUGGAGAAGAAGAAGAAGAAGGGGAAGAAAAGCAAGAGGAAAAAGAAAGGAAAACAAGAGGGAGUUUUGUCCGACAGCGAGGAGGACAAAGGCCCCGAGGCUGUGGCCCAGCAGAGCCCAACGUCUGCGUGGAGCCACCAAUGCAAACAGUCCAGCCAGCAGGGGGGCUGCAGCAGCGAGGCCUCCAGCGAACGGGCGGCCAACGGGACCCGGAGAAUAAAGAAGAAAGGCCCCGGCGGCGACCCCCGGCCUCCUCCCUACCAGGACGAGGGCGCGUCCUCGCGUUCCGCAGGGGUCCGGAGGGGGUCGUCCCCGCAGCGCAGUGAGGCCAGCGAGGCCAGUGUGGACCAGGACACAGAGAGCUACCUCAACAAAGGCUGUGAGGAGGACAUUCCCAGUGACAGCACCGCUGUGCUGGGACCUGAGGACGGCUCCGGCCCUCAGCUGCCUUCUGCCUACGAGCCGGAGCCCCUGGCCAAAUACGGCACGCUGGACGUCGCCUUCGAGUACGACUCGGGCGAGCAGUGGUUGGCGGUCACGGUCACCGCGGCGACGGACAUCCCCGCCCUCAAGCAGACGGGCAACAUCGCAUGGCAAGUCCACCUGGUCCUGCUGCCCACCAAGAAGCAACGGGCCAAGACCGGAGUGCAGAAGGGCCCGUGUCCCGUCUUCACGGAGACAUUUAAGUUCUCCAGAGUGGAACAGGAGGCCCUGGCGGACUACGCCGUCCGCUUCCGCCUGUACAGCAUCCGGCGGAUGAAGAAGGAGAAGGUCCUGGGGGAGAAGGUGUUCUACUUGACUAAGCUCAACCUGCAGGGCAAGAUCGCUCUGCCCGUCACCCUGGAGCCGGGCUCCGAGCUCACAGGUUGCGGCUCCGUGGUGAGCGUCUCUCGCAGCGCCGGAGCUCUGUCCCACCGCUCUACUGAAGACUCUUCCAUGCCAGAGAUCCUCCUGGGUCUCAUCUACAACUCUGCCACGGGACAGUUGUCUGCUGAGGUCAUCCAGGGAAGCCACUUCAAAACCACAGCGUCCGAUAAGCCCGUCAACGGUCUGUUCUGUUGCGUAAAACACUUCGUAGGGGGGCAGCUUUAUAUCAUGAGAGACACCUACGUGAAGCUCACCAUGCUGGACUCAAAGGGGAAAGAGAUGUCCAAGUACAAGACGGCCGUGUGCCGCGGCCAGCCCAACCCCACCUACAAGGAGACCUUCUUGUUCCAGGUGGCGCUCUUCCAGCUGUCCGAGGUGUCUCUGGUGCUGUCGGUGUUCUGCCGCCGGAGCAGCAUGAGGCCCAGGGAGCGGCUGGGCUGGGUCUCGCUGGGCCUCAGCAGCACCUGCGAGGAGCAGCAGAGCCACUGGACGGAGAUGAAGGAGGCGGAGGGACGGCAGGUCUGCCACUGGCACACCCUCACCGACACAUAGGGACGCGAUUUACCGAGACUUGACAUUGACAACGUCCCCCAGGAAGGUCAGAGUUCGUGGGGAGCAGGACGCCCUCUGUGUGUGCGUGUGUGUGUGUGUGUGUGUGUGCUGCAUACAGAUGUGAGGGCACGCGGUCUUCACUGCCAGAGCCAAUCUGCAGACCGACUUUAUUGGUGGAGCGGGUGAGCUCCCACGACACAAAGAGCCUGAAAACAAAUGACCUUAUAAUAACUGCACAUACCGAGAAGCGAGGGAGGUCCUCCAGCAAUUCUGCCGACUGUUUACAGGACGAUGCGACAAAAACUUCCACUUCGGUCUGUCUGCAGAUACCAGGACCAAAGAGCUCGGUCCGUGACAAGCAGACGCCUCCCACGUUUGUUCUUCUCUGGACUUCAGCUGCCACCAGCACACCAGACAUUUCUCUAUCAGUCACAGCCAUUUGACAGAAGAGAAGGCAAUGAAAAAGACUGUUACAAAAAGGGCCCAGAACAUGCUGCAACUACGCUUACAAGCAAUGAUUUGUACGGUUUGUUUACAUGCACAUGACAUUAUGCAAGAUCCAUUCAUCAGUUUCCCCUUUCAUGGUUUUUUUGAAUACCAGUCAAAUGGUUUACCGGAUUGCGGAGUGGGAUUUUGGGGUAUGCGCUCCGCAAAAACAGCUUUUCCUUUUUAAAAACGUUUUUAUUGUGUUUUAUUGCAUAACGCGGUACACUAUGCAUCCGACGCCACUUUAAACGGGAGCAAUGUAACUCGUGUCGUGCACUCGCAGUAUGUGACGCGGCUCCAGUGGCAUCAAAGAGCCGCUUCCUUUCCUGUGCAACACCGAUUGAGCCGGUUUCACCAUUCAGCCUUCCGACAGCUCAGCCAUGUUCAUUCAUGCAGAAACACGGUGCUUCCCGCCGAGGAGGAAUAUGGGAAAGCAAAUUCCUCCUCCAAAUCUCUCUGAGGACUGAGGCUUUUUUUUUCUUAAUAACUGCAGCAUUGGCCUUGAAUUGAACUGAAGCGGCAAAAUGAAAUUAUUGCAAAAAGGGGGAAAUGUUUUCUGGUUUCAAGUGAAUAGAAGACGAAUUAUUGAAUAAAGGGAAAGAAAUUUAAACGUUG